AUGGCUGCUCUCAAGUUCUUUGCCAACGUCUCCAUGCACUGCUCCAAGGUCUUGAUAGAGAUCGGCGGCCACUUACUCAUCAUGCGCGUGUCCAGGUUGUCGACUGCGGUGGUUGGCAUGUUGCACCCACCGCACUCACUGGAAGCGGUGGUUCGUCUCCAGCGCGACGAAAUCAAAGCUCUUCAGCGUUCGCAAACAUCUCCUCAUAGCGAAGGCGCUUGGUGGUGA